GACAAAAAUUAGAACAAUAAUAGAAAUUCUACAUGGAUUCUUCAUUAUUAAACCAACCAAAACUAGCCAAUGUAAAAUAUCCUUGCACAUAACCUCAAUUUUAUGUUGAUGAUUUAAGUUACAUGUUAAAAGAUUUUAUGAAUUAUGUUGAGCUUGAGCCGAUUCUGCGGAGUCCCGGUGCGGAAUUUCCCUAAAUUUGUGAGCGCUUUGUCAAGAAAUGUUGAUAAGACCGUGGUCCCUCGACCUUAUUCGAAUUUCUUACGGAAACAGGCGCCGUAUCGGCUAAGUAACUGGAAUUCGGUUACACGCGCGGUACCGGUCCGCCUCACGUCGGACGCAUCUCAGAAAGGGCAAAAGGCAGUGGGAUACUGGCUGUUAACCUGCGGGGGCAUGGUUUUCGUGGCGGUCGUCCUAGGAGGCGUCACCAGACUCACCGAAUCGGGCCUCUCGAUGGUCCAUUGGAAACUUUUGGGCGAGCGCAUGCCCCGCACCGACCAAGAAUGGGAGGCGGAGUUCAAAAAGUACCAGCAGUUUCCGGAAUUUAAAAUCAAAAACAGAAAGAUGAGCCUGUCCGAAUUCAAAUUUAUCUGGCACAUGGAAUAUGGCCACCGUCAGUGGGGCCGACUCAUAGGGGCGGCGUUUAUCGCGCCGGCCCUGUACUUCUGGGCGAGAGGAAGGUUCAGUCCGGCCCUCAAAAAACGGAUUCUGGCGUUCGGCGGACUGAUUGGGGCGCAGGGUCUAAUGGGGUGGUACAUGGUGCAGUCGGGAUUGGAAGACCGAUUCGACGGCGAAAGCGAUGUGCCCCGCGUGUCGCAGUAUCGGCUGGCGACCCACCUGGGCCUCGCUUUCGUCCUCUACACCCUCUUUCUGUGGUCUGCCCUGGACCAUCUGCUCCCCGCAAGCGCAGUGACGUAUGCGAGCGGUGAGACGCUUCGAGCAGCUCGCAGGUUUAGAUGGCUCGCACACGGCUGCAAAGGCCUAGUCUUUUUGACGGCCAUUUCGGGGGCGUUCGUGGCCGGUCUCGAUGCCGGCCUCGUGUACAAUUCGUUUCCCAAAAUGGCAGACAAGUGGAUACCCGACGACAUCCUCGUGUUCACUCCCAAGGUGACCAACUUUACCGAGAACCCGACUACAGUGCAGUUUGAUCAUCGGGUCCUCGGUACGGCCACCCUGGGCCUCAUCACCGCCGCCUGGUGGGUGUCCCGGAGGCGGGUGCUGCCGCGCCGCGCCUACAUCGCCGCCGGUGCUUUAGCCACGGCUGCGUGGCUCCAGGUCGCCUUGGGGAUCACCACCCUGCUGACCUACGUACCCACCCCGGUGGCCGCAGCACACCAGGGCGGCUCCCUGACGGUGCUAUCGGCAGCCGUGUGGCUCACGCACGAGCUGAAACGACUGCCCAAGCCGUGA